AUGAGAACCAGCUCUUGUGUUGCGGCUCUGCUCGCCUCUACUUUUACCAACGCUGCUGCUGUAAUAAUCCCGCGGCAGUCAAAGCCCAAGACACAAGUCUCGGAAACACUCUAUCAGGAGCUCCUGUACUACGGCCGCUAUGCUCCCACCUACCCAGAGGCACCAUGCCAGAAUCCUCCAAGCAAUACCGUAGUCCAGGGAUUUGCAAACUCCAACCCAGAUACCGAAAUGACCCUCUUCCGAUCAGACACUGACCGCGAACUCGUCAUGGCUUUCCCCGGUACUGCAAGUCUCGGCGAUCUAUUAACAGACCUCGGGAGUAUCAUGGUGCCAUAUAACUCGUCUGGAAUUUACUGCCCAGAUUGUAAAGUCCACGCAGGGGUUUUGAACGCAUGGAAUGGUAUAGAGCCUCAAGCCAAGGAAGUCCUCGAUCAGGCCAUUGCUCAGUAUCCCAACUACAAGUUCGUGAUUGUCGGUCACAGCUUGGGUGCGGCCAUUGCACAGUUUGCAUACAACGGGCUCGCAAGCCAAGGUUAUAAGAUUCGUGCCGCUUACACCUACGGGCAAUUCCGUGUUGGCAACCCGGCGUUUGCAGACCUUGUGGAUAAACUCUCCGGCUCUUCGGAUACAUGCGUUGGCAACUACCACCGCGUUACCCACGCUGAUGAUGGCGUUCCUCAAAUUCUUACUACCCAGGAGGGAUACCGCCAUCCUCGCAACGAGUAUUGGUUCGAAGCAGGGCCCGGCAACAACUCCGCCGUCACUACAACAUUUCAAUGCCAUGGUCAGGAGCCGACAGAUUGCAACUACUCGCAGUUCGCCAUUGGUGUGGUCGGCAUCAACUUGGCACACAUAAAGUAUCCGGGUGUCAAUAUCGUCGGGUGCGGAGGAUUCGGUCCCCUUGUUGGCACCGAGCUGCCAUUCUGA